GUGGUUGCCACCACCACCAACUCACCAUUCUCCUCCAUCCAUCAAUCGGUUGAUCACUCUCCCGCCUCCCACCGUCCACCCGCAAUGGCCUCCGCCACCUGCAUGCUCCUGAGGCCGCCUCCCAGCUGCGCCGCCUCCGCCUCUCCGCUCCCGAUGAUCCCCUUCCUCCGUCGCCGCCCCCGCUCCUUGACCACGGCCUGCGCUGUCCUCACAACCCAGCAGCAGCAGCAGCCGCAGCAGCAGAAUGGCGUCGUCCAAAAGCAGCAGCAGAAUGGAGCCCUCCGAAGGGACUCCUGGACAUCUGUGCCUAUCUCCGCCAUCACUCCCGCCACCCAAGACCAAUCCAUCUUCCUUAUCACCCUUGAUCUCUCGGGUGCCCCGGACCUCGUGGCCACGUACACCACCCCAGGGCAGUACGUCCUGACCCGCAUCCCCUCGCUCCUGGGAGGGCCCCCUCCGGCCUUCAUGUGCAUCUCCUCGCCGCCUCAUUCGGGGCUCCAGUUCGACUUGCUCGUCAGGUCCGUGCCACACACCACCUCGGAGCUGCUGUGCAAGCUCCACGUCGGGGAUGUUGUGGAGAUCGGGCCCGUCAAGGGGACGGGGUUCGCCAUCCAGAACAUAAAUCCGCCCGAGGACACGGAGACCGUGCUCCUGUUCGCCGCUGCAGAGGGGAUCAGUCCGAUUCGUGCACUUAUCGAGUCUGGUUUUUCUGCCUCUCAAAGAGCCGAUGUCAGGCUUUAUUACGCUGCCAAAGAUAUGCAAUCCAUGCCAUACCAGGAGAGGUUCAAGAAGUGGGAGGAAACUGGAGUUAAAGUAGUACCGCUCACGCUCAAAAAAGAACAUAUUCAGGAACCUUUCUUGGAACACACACUCAAUGGGAUAAUAGGAAAUCCACUUUCUACCGGAGCCGUAAUUGUUGGACCGCUUAUACUGAAAGAGGUAAUCACUGGAGUCCUUUUAGACCAUGGCGUGCCACAGGAGAAAAUCUUAACGAUCGAGUGGAAUCCAGAUAUCGACCUAUCUACCCUAGAUAGUUUUGGCCUCAAUGGUCUAGGUCUUAUUCGGAGACACUUAUAGGCUCCGACAAUUGACGCUUUUACUACGGAGUGACGAGAUUUAGGAACGUUCAAUAAUGUUUUCGCACUAUAAAGGCGAUGGCUAUGUUUGUCUUCCUGCCCCAAGGAUGGUCUCUUAUUUUUGGGAUUGGUUAAUAAGUUGGAACUAGUUCUUAUGUGAUGUAUUA